CACAUUUCAAAUUAAUACAAACGAUUUCCCUUCCUUUCUCCCCUUUUCCUCUCCCUCCCCCCAAAAAAUGACGACGAAACCAUCACCAUCAUCCUAAGGCGACGAAAAACUCAAAUGAAACCAUCGCUAACAAACCGUCACUAAAAAGCGUCGCUAAAACAAAACAAUGAGCAAAGACAGCGGUGUUUUCAAGGCGUGGGAAGCCACGAUCCGAAAGACCCAGGCGGCCAAGAAGCGUGCCAACAGCAUCUUCGGCAUCACCCUGGCCCACCUCCCCGACGAAGACCACGCCGCCGCCGCCGCUGCCGCCGCCAGCAACGGCGACGAGGGCAGCAGCAGUAGCAGCGGCGGCGACGAGGGCGCCGGCAGCGGGAGCAGCACGAACGGAGGAGGAGGAGGGACGGAAUGUUACUACGCGGAGAAGGUACUGCCGAACGGCGACUACUACUCCGGCCAGUGGUACGACAACUUCCCCAACGGCCGGGGGAAGUAUCUGUGGACCGACGGUUGCAUGUACGUCGGCGAGUGGUAUAAGGGGAAGACGAUGGGCCGGGGCCGGUUCAGCUGGCCGUCGGGGGCGACGUACGAAGGGGAGUUCAAGAGCGGGUAUAUGGACGGGACGGGGACGUAUUCGGCUGCGAAUGGGGAUAUUUAUCGUGGGCAGUGGGUCAUGAAUCUCAAGCAUGGGCAUGGGAUCAAGCAUUUUGCUAAUGGAGAUUGGUACGAAGGGGAUUGGCGGCGAGGGUUGCAAGAAGGGCAAGGCAAGUACCAAUGGAAGACCACCAGCAACUACUACGUCGGCGAGUGGAAGAACGGCAACAUCUGCGGCAAAGGCACAUUCAUGUGGGAGAACGGCAACCGCUUCGACGGCCAGUGGGACGACGGCGUCCCCAAGGGCAACGGCACCUUCACCUUCCCUGACGGCAGCUUCUACGUCGGCAACUGGAGCAAGGACCCCACCGAGCAGAACGGCAGCUACUACCCAUCCACGUCGCCCUCCGCCGCGGCGGCGGCCCACUCCGGCAGCCAGCUGGAGUGGGACCCGCAGGACGUGUACAACGUCUACCUCGCCGACGCCCAGGUUUGCCCCUGCGAGAAGGUCUCCGUCCUGCCGUCGCAGAAGAAGCUGGCGGUGUGGAACUCGUCGAAGAACAGCGAGAAGGCCCGCCGGCUGUCGGUCGACGGCAGGGUCAGCGUCGGGAACGAGAGGGCGUUCGAGAGGAUGAACAUGUGGGACGGCGACGACCAGGGGGCGUCGUCUGCGGCCGCCGGCGAGGCGAGGAGGGAUAUGGAGGCGGAGUUGUUGGGUAUGGGUAUGGAUAUGGAGGAAUGCAAUUUCGCCGCCAGUCUUAAUAAGAUGCUGCCCAUGAGAGUACCCAAAGCUUCUAAGCGGCAGGGAGAUCCCAUUUGUAAAGGGCACAAGAAUUACGAGCUCAUGCUCAAUCUACAGCUGGGAAUCAGGUAUUCCUUGCUGCAACAUCGUAUUUUCGGAACAGCUUUUCGCAGAAACUCGAAACACACUUAACACUGAUUGUUAAUGUGUUGUAGGCAUUCAGUGGGGAGACCAGGUCCAGCACCAUCCUUGGAUCUAAAGGCAUCAGCGUUCGACCCGAAAGAGAAGGUAUGGACAAGGUUCCCUCCAGAAGGAAGCAAGCACACCCCUCCACACAAUUGUUCAGAGUUCAAAUGGAAAGACUACUGCCCCUUAGUUUUCAGGUCGCUAAGGAAGCUGUUCAAGGUCGACGCAGCUGACUACAUGUUAUCGAUUUGUGGGGAUAAUGCUCUUCGCGAGCUCUCGUCUCCCGGGAAGAGUGGGAGCUUCUUCUACCUGACUCACGAUGAUCGCUACAUGAUCAAGACAAUGAAGAAAGCAGAAGUGAAAGUGCUUAUCAGGAUGCUUGCUGCCUAUUACAACCAUGUCAGAUCCUUCGAUAACACCUUGGUCAUAAGGUUUUAUGGCCUUCACUGCGUCAAGUUAACUGGACCGGCACAGAGGAAGGUGCGGUUCAUAAUCAUGGGGAACCUAUUUGUUUCGGAGUAUGCAAUCCACAGACGAUUCGACCUGAAGGGUUCUUCGUUGGGUCGGAUCACGGACAAGCCAGAGUCCGAGAUCGAUGCCAACACCAUUCUCAAAGACCUGGACCUCAACUUCAUUUUCAAGCUACAGAAAGCUUGGUUCCAAGAGUUCUGCAGGCAAGUAGAUAGAGAUUGCGAGCUUCUUGAGCAGGAGAGGAUUAUGGACUACAGUCUACUAGUUGGUAUCCACUUCAGAGACGUAGCAUCUAAUCGAGAAAUAAUUCCAACCAAGGCUGAAACCCCUUCUGUCGCAGAUGAGGUUGAAAGAGAAGAAGGUCCUCGGCUUUCUAGAGCAGACAUGGAUCAACUUGUACUAGACCCAACCAAAUGGGCACGAAUCAGGCUGGGAAUGAACAUGCCAGCCAGAGUCGAAAGAACAGUGAGAAGAAAUGAUUGUGAGCUUCAACUGGUUGGAGAGCCAACCGGGGAGUUCUACGACGUCAUAAUGACGUUCGGAAUCAUCGACAUACUUCAAGACUACGACAUUAGCAAGAAGCUGGAGCAUGCAUACAAGUCGAUCCAGUACGACCCUACUUCGAUCUCAGCCGUGGAUCCUAAGCAGUACUCCAGGAGAUUCAGAGACUUCAUUUUCAGAAUUUUUGCUGAAGAUUCUUAGUUUAAGUAAAAGAAGAAAAUCUUUUUUUAACACAACCACCCCCUCCUGCAGGCUCUAACAAGAAGCUUGGUCUCAUCGGGAGGGAACAUUUUCAAAGUUCAAAUUUUAUGAUCGUUUUUGGUUCCUAUAAUCUUCAAAUUUACAUAAAUUUGACCUCAAAUUGGUAAAAGUAGAGACUGAGAGAGAGAUCCACCCAAUUUUUUUGAAUAUGGUAUAGUUAUGCACAUAAAACAUACAAGGUUAUAGAUGAGGAUUGUUGUGACUUUGGGGGGUGUUGUAUGUACCAUUUUUCCCCAAGCUCUCUACCAUAUAAAUUGUAGAACACUUGAUUCCUAUGUUUUCCCAAAGCAUAUUUUUGUACUUCCGUCAUACGAGUUAUAUAAUGAAGAGUUGUAAUGCAAC